UUCUCUUCCUUCAAUUUGAUCUAUAUUUUGUUCAAAAUUAACAGUGUUUUAUGUUUCUGAUUCAAGAAUUUCUCUAUGGGCAACUUUUGUUUCAAGCAUUCCAAUUCCUCUGCUGAUCAUCAUUCAUCCUCUUUAUCUUCAAAGAAUCCACUUCCUUUUUCUAACACCUCUGGUUCAACAAAUUCAAGCAAAAUAACUUCUAAUUUCAGUAUUGUUAGUUCGACGUCAUCGUUGCCAAGUGAUGCAUCAGUUAUAAUUGGGUUGAAAUCAUUCACUUUGAAUGAUCUCAAGAAUGCAACUAGAAACUUCAGAGCUGAAACUUUGCUUGGUGAGGGAGGAUUCGGUUGCGUCUUCAAAGGGUGGAUCGAUGAAAACACGCUCCUUCCAACAAGACCCGGAGAUGGCAUUGUCGUCGCCAUCAAGAAACUCAAAAGAGAAAGCUUUCAAGGGCACAAGGAAUGGCUUGCAGAAGUUACUUAUUUGGGGCAGCUUCAUCAUGAAAAUCUCGUGAAACUCAUCGGUUACUGCUCCGAGGGCAAUAAUCGGCUUUUAGUCUACGAAUACAUGCAAAGAGGCAGCUUAGAAAACCAUUUAUUCAAAAGAGGUGUUCAGCCAAUUCCAUGGACAACAAGAGUUAGCAUUGCAACCGAUGUAGCUCGAGGAAUUUGUUUCUUGCAUAACUUAGAAAUCCAAGUAAUAUUUCGAGAUUUAAAAGCUUCGAAUGUCCUUCUCGACUUGGACUUCAAUGCGAAACUCUCAGAUUUCGGUCUAGCUAGAGACGGUCCGACUGACGGUAAGUCUCAUGUUUCGACAAAAGUAAUUGGAACCCGCGGUUAUGCUGCUCCAGAAUACAUUGCAACAGGCCGGCUUAAUGUGAAGAGCGAUAUAUACAGUUUCGGCGUUGUAAUGCUAGAGUUAUUAUCCGGAAGAAGAGCUGUCGAUGCGAAUAGAGGACCGUCGGAGGAGAUGCUUGUCGAUUGGGCGAAGCCGUUUUUGAUGAAUAGAAGGAAAAUGUUUAGAAUCAUGGAUAUAAGAUUGGAAGGUCAAUACUCAAAGAUUGGAGCUCAAACUCUUGCUACAUUAGCAAUGGAGUGUGUGAGUCCAGAGGCUAGAAAUAGGCCUGAUAUAGUUCAAGUUCUUUCUAUACUACAACAAGUUCAAACUUAUAAAUAGCAGCCAACUGCCGAAAGGUCAAUUGGUGACUAGAUGCCCACAAAAACUUUAUGCAAACGAGGAGAGUUCAAUUCGUGGGUGAUAACACAUUUUUUUAGAGUGUAAGCAAUGAUUGUGCAUGAUGAUUCCAAAGCUUUAUUUACUCCUUUGAGGAUUGUGCACAUUUAUGCUUGCUUAGCAGUUUAACUGCUCAUUUUGGCAAAAAAAACUUAUAAAUAGGCCAAUCAUUGCAAGCUAUUAGAUUUUUUUUAAAAUUUUUU